AUGGCGGCGCCCCGUGCUACGGAUGGAGUGGAUGAAAGCUGCGGUGAUACCGGGCUGAUUUUGUCUAAUUCAUCUACAGGGGACCCGAAGAGACCUCAGUUCGGAACUCGGUUCCUCACGGAUCCGCGACAAGUCUUCCAGCACAACGCUUGGGACAAUGUGGAGUGGACUGAUGAGCAAGAAGAAGCUGCAAAGAAGAAAGUGUCAGAAAACAAUCAGCCUCUGCCCCCAGAGAAACAAGAGGACUACGACAGCCGGGCCAGUGAAUACUGGAACGACUUCUACACGAUACACGAGAAUCGAUUCUUCAAAGACCGUCACUGGCUCUUCACAGAGUUCCCAGAAUUGGCUCCACGGUGCAACAUAAACCACGAAUCUGGUCCGAGUGUGGCGGGCGCAAAUGGCAGUCCUGAUCAGAAACAAUCUGCAGCUUUGUCUCCUGACAGCCCCGACUUUCCUGGUUCCUCUGCCACGUAUCGCGUUUUAGAGGUUGGCUGCGGUGUAGGAAACACGGUUUUCCCCAUACUGAAGACCAACAAUGAUCCGGGACUCUUCGUUUACUGCUGUGAUUUUUCCAGCGCUGCUGUCGAGUUAGUAAAGACUAAUCCAGAGUACGACUCCAAGCGCUGCUUUGCCUUCGUUCACGACUCGAGUGAUGAGGAAGCCAGUUACCCCAUCCCUGAUGGAACCCUGGACGUUAUUGUGUUAAUCUUUGUGCUAUCAGCACUGCAUCCGGACAAGAUGCGUUCAUCCAUCAGCAGAGCAGCGCGCCUGCUGAAACCAGGAGGGGUGAUGCUGCUCAGGGACUAUGGGCGCUACGAUAUGGCACAGCUACGCUUUAAGAAGGGAAGGUGCCUCUCUGAAAACUUUUACGUCCGAGGAGACGGAACACGAGUUUACUUUUUUACUCAGGAUGAGCUUCACGAGCUGUUCACCGAGGCCGGGCUGGAAAAAGUGCAGAACCUUGUGGACCGACGGCUGCAGGUGAACAGAGGGAAACAGCUCACCAUGUACAGGGUGUGGAUCCAGUGCAAAUACCGCAAGGCUCCGUGAGACAGAACCGGAGACGAAAACCCGCCUGGUCGAGCAGAAACCAGGAGUUAAACUGGAGGAGGUUGUUUUUUUUCCAAGAGGAACGGUGGAACUCAAAAGAUAGUUUAUAAAAACCAGGAUACAGCUGCCUUCAUGUGGACAGACUUGUUUAAUGUUCUGAUGAGGAUAAAGU